AUGGAGAAUGGUAGUAGCAAUGUGAUUGAGCUUGCUGUUAAACAAGGGCAGCCUACUCUGGUUCCUCCAGCCGUGGAGACGGAGAAGGGGCCAUACUUUUUGUCCAAUCUGGAUCAAAAUAUUGCAGUUAUAGUUCGUACGAUAUACUGUUUUAAAUCAGAGGAAAAGGGCAAUGAGAAUGCUGUGCAAGUUAUUAAGGAUGCCUUGUCGAAGGUUCUAGUACACUAUUAUCCUCUUGCAGGACGGCUGACAAUUAGCCCAGAAAUGAAGCUUAUUGUGGAUUGUACUGGGGAAGGUGCUGUAUUCGUCGAGGCUGAGGCAGAUUGUGAGCUUGAUGGUUUGGGUGACAUUACGAAGCCUGAACCCGUGACUCUUGGGAAGCUAGUGUAUGACAUUCCUGGAGCCAAAAACAUACUAGAAAUUCCUCCUCUGGUGGCUCAAGUGACAAAGUUCAAAUGUGGAGGCUUUGUUCUUGGGCUGUGCAUGAACCAUUGUAUGUUUGAUGGGAUUGGUGCCAUGGAAUUUGUGAAUUCUUGGGGUGAAACUGCCAGAGGCCUUAAAAUCAAGAUUCAUCCAUUUAUGGACAGAAGCAUUCUCAAAUCCAGAAAUCCACCUAAGUUGGAAUUUCCCCACCAUGAAUUUGCUGAGAUUGAAGAUAUAUCAAACACGACUGAACUUUACGAAGAAGAAAUGCUCUACGAGUCCUUCAGUUUCGACCCAGAGAAGCUCGAGCACCUCAGAAAGAAAGCACUGGAAGAUGGGAAUCUAGAGAAGUGCACCACGUUUGAAGCCCUCUCAGCAUACGUAUGGAAAGCUCGUAGCAAGGCAUUAAAUAUGAAGGCAGAUCAACAAACAAAGCUUCUCUUUGCAGUUGAUGGGCGGUCUAGAUUCGAGCCCCAAAUUCCAGAAGGAUACUUUGGCAAUGCAAUUGUGUUAACAAAUUCACUCUGUAAGGCAGGUGAAUUAGUUGACAAUCCAUUUUCAUUCGCAGUAAAACUAGUUCAAGAGGCAGUGAGAAUGGUUACAGAUGGUUAUAUGAGAUCUGCUAUAGACUAUUUCGAGGCAACUCGAGCUAGGCCUUCUUUGACAGCAACCUUGCUGAUUACUACAUGGUCGAGGCUAUCGUUCCACACUACAGAUUUCGGCUGGGGAGAGCCAGUGCUAUCAGGGCCCGUAGUUUUGCCCGAAAAGGAAGUGAUUCUCUUUCUUUCGUAUGGGAAAGAAAGGAAAAGCAUUAAUGUGCUUCUUGGAUUGCCUGCUCCUGCCAUGAAAACAUUUGAACGGCUGAUCAAGAUCUAA